AUGAAGUCAGACCUAGAUUCAACAAACGAUCCAAACCCGGCAGUAACUGGUGAUGUCAUAGGAAAUACCGCGUACAGUGAACGUUUUGUACUAAAAAUACUAUUGAAACUAGCUAAUUUAGAUUCUCUUAAAGAUGAAAUAAAUGAAAAAUCAUUUGAAGACGAUAUUUGCACGUUGUGGGAUAUGACUGUUGAAAGAGACGUUGUAUUAUUCCUUUUGAAACAUAAUGUGUUAAAUCUCUUCAACUUUGCGUUGCCGGUUAUCGAAACGCCCCGUUAUGUUGAAAUUUUCGUGGGUAUAAUAGGGAAUAUGUGCUGUCAAAAAGAGGCAGCGAAGAAACUAUUGGAUAUGGACAAGUUUUUAUUGCUACUGCUAGAGUAUAUUAAGACAGAUGACAGUUUAAUACUCAUUCAAUUGCUUCGUUUAGUAAGCUCCAGUUUAUCUUCAAUUGAUAGUGAUGAUAUACCUGUUUGGAUGAACAUGUUCAAUAAAGCUGGAUAUCCCAAUUACUUAUAUUUUAUUCUUAAAAACUCUUCUCAUAAGCAGCUUCUAGUAACUGCAUUAGAAAAUUUUAAUACCAUAUGUUCAUAUUGUAAUGCACAACGAUUUAGAAGAAAAUAUUAUGAACAUUUUGUUACUAAAGAUGCACUGACAUCACUUACAACUGCAUUUAUGGAAAUCACAGUUAGUCAAAAAGAUAACUGUUCAAAAGAUGAAGUUGAAAGGAUUAUUGUUAUAAGUUUGCAGAUGACUUUAGACCUGCUUAGUUUUGAAAAUCCUGACGAAAUAUUUGAUGACUGUAAAGAGAAUGUAGCAACAACAAUAGGUACUGUUCUAAAAUAUUAUCAAGCAAAACUUGUACAAGAGAAAGAAAUUGAUUCUGACUUGGUAGACUUAAUUGAUUGUAUAAAUACUAUUGUGAGAAUUGUUCCAAUAAGUGAAAGUUGUGAACCAGAUAAAUAUUUUUAUAGCUGCUAUAGUAUAUGGACAGCUUUACAAUCAAUAACUAAUGUAAACCAAAAUGGUGACAAUAACUUUGAAGAAGUAGAUAAAGAAGAAUUUCAAGAUUUUGUUAAGAAUAUGAAGUCACCAUUAAGUAUUUUGAUGUGUAGCUAUAUGGAGAAAUGUUCACAUGAACAUUUAUUAAUAGUAUUAGAUAAAAUUGGCGAUGAAUUUGAAGAUAUAUUAAUGCUUGCAGAUGCUGAUGUCAAAAUGGCAGUUUCAAAGAGAACAUUUGACUUUAGAACAAGAAUAAAAGAAAAUGUUGAUUCAUAG